AUGUUCGCCGGAGCUAGAGUUCUUGUCAUCGACAACACCUCCGCUGCUCCGACCAGUUUCCUCUUCAGGGUGGUAUUGAUGCCAGCAACUGCUGAUGUUGCAAGAUACCAAGAUUACUCCAAAGACCUUGGUAGGGUUGAAAGAGUUGAAGUGCUUGCAUUCCCUAGCUCCAACCAGCAUGCCCUUUCCACUGAAGUUUUCACUUUCAUGGACCUUGUUGCUUUCUUACACUCGAAUGAUGAUAUGGUCCACUAUGAUCUCAUUCCUUCCGUUGGCACUGGUUGCAGCCUUAUUUAUGCUGGGAAGCAGCUUGGUGGUGACAAGGCUGCUCGUGACUACAGUAUUGAGGGUGGCUCUGUGCUUAAUCUUGUGAUUGCUCUCAGGGACGGUAGUUUUUAA